AGGCAGUGUAAAAUCGUGUUGCGUUGAGGGAUAACGUCAGCGGUCCGACUUGAACAUGGAAAAAAUAUUGCUACUAUUUGUGGCUAUGUUCGCCUACGCCGCCACGGCUACGCGAAUUAGAUACACAUUUCCAAAUUACAACAGAACAGCACUCGGUGAUUCAGUUGACGUCGCUUCUAUGAAGCUAUUGAAGGAAAUAUAUGAACAAUCUGCCGACAAAAACGUAGUUUCAUCACCUCUAGGCGUGCUGACUCUACUCUCCCUGUACGCAUCGGGAUCGGAAGGAAAGACCCGUGCGGAAAUCAUGGCACUUCUAGGUUCAAAGGAUUAUGAACAGCUUUCAGGUUCAUACAGCCAAUUGAGCGAAAGGUUCGCAUCGAUGGAUCCAAAAUAUUUAAUACUUGCUAACAAGGUUUUAGUAUCUGAUAAAUACACUCUCGACGAUGGAUUCUUUAAAACAGCGAAAGAUUAUAAGAGCGAAGUGGAUAACAUCGACUUUAAAGAUCGAAAAAUGGCUGCGAAUGCUAUUAACGACUGGUCAUCCAGUAAAACAAGGGGAUUGAUCGACCAUCCAGUUUCCGAAUCUGAUAUCGACCCAGAUGCAGUUAUUGCUCUCCUUAACGUGAUUUUCUUCCAGGGUCACUGGCACGUACCCUUCAACGCCAGCAAUACAAAGGAACAGGAAUUCAACGUGGAUCGCUCCACGAUCGUGAAGAAACCCAUGAUGCAACUCCGGCGGUCACUGCACUACCACGAGGACAACGACAUGGGCGUUAGGAUGAUAGAGUUGCCGUACCAGGAGUCAAAGUUCCGAAUGAUAGUCGUGUUACCGAAUGAAGUGGACGGUCUUCCGGAUGUGCUGGAGAAGGUUGCAAAGAAGGGGCUCUUAGAAAACAUCUUCCGGAUGCGCCCUUCUCGAGCUGCAGUAAAUUUAAACAUGCCCAAAUUUGAGACCAGGUUGAAGAUUAAUCUUAAUGACGUUUUGAGCAAGGUUGGAGUAUCUGGCAUAUUCGAAAAUGCGUCAUCGGGUAUUGUGAAGGAACGCGGCGUGAAGGUCUCCAAGGCGCUGCAAGAGGCAUUCGUCAAAGUGGACGAAGAGGGCGCUACUGCUGGAGCCUUCACCGGAGUAGUGACAAUGGCGUUAUCAUCUUGGUCUCGUCCCCCUCCGCCGAUACCCUUCAAGGUGGACCGUCCCUUCCUAUACGCGAUCUUAAACGACGACAUUGUACUGUUCGCGGGGACCUACAGCCACUGAGUGCUUUUGAAUAACAAGAUGAAAUUUUUAAUACAUUUUUAAAAAUAAAUAAAAUAAUGUGAA